AUGGCAGCAGCUGAUGUGGCGCACCUACCGAAGAUGUCAUGGCUCACUGUGCCACCCCAGCUGCUUGGACGGCAAAGCACCAUGGAUUUUGACCUGGAAACAGACCUGCCGCUGAGUUUCAAUCCUGAGAGCAAUCCAGGUCUUGCAGCUUCUACUUCCAGGCUCUUUGUGUCCAAUUUCAUGAAGUCUCGCAAUUGCUAUGAAGAGUCAAGGGAUGUGAGGACAAUGAUACGCAACGACCCCUUGGAAGUUUGGGCCAAGCUGAACGCACCUGCAAAAUCCGUUGAUGUGAACACCGGGCUCAACACCAGCAUGAAGCCGCUCCGUCCCCGCAGUGCGCAAAUGACCUCAUUGACUCGUGCUCGCAGUGCCGGGGCUUUGCCAGGACUCAAAGCUGAGACUUGGCCGGUGCCUGUGAACCCAGAAACGGGCCGGCCCGUUCGGCAUGAUCCGCGUCAACGGCAGUUUUACCCCACUGGUUCGCCGUUAACUAUGGGCUACACUGAAGGGAUCUUUGCCAAUCCUUCACGGAAGGUUGGACCAGAGGUGUACAUGUCGCAACGCUACGGCACCCGUUCAGCACAAGCCGUGAGCUUCGCCGAUCGCCGAAGUCCUCUGGCGGUCUUGGUGGACUCUACGGGGGAUCUAUCGGUUUGGCGCUAA